AUGUUGAUACCAGCUGUACUCCUAUGGAUUCUUAAUGUCAGCAACCUGUGCUCAGGACAAGACUACAUGGACUACUACGCAGCUGGAGACACGGGAACCCAGGCUCCAGUGUUGUCAGAUGACCAGGUCAGUUUACAGAGCGUUGUGAGCGUGGAUCAGCUGCUGCGGCUUCUCUACCCUGAAUACAAUUUGAUUCAGCAGUGCCUGAGGAAGAAGUCAUGGCACACCUCUUCCUUCUCGUUUCCCACCUCCUCAGCGAGCCCAGCGGUCCAUUCAAACCCCGACGAUCGCUGGGUGCAGCUGAGGGAGGAGCCUCUUUACAAAGUGGACGGCACUCUUGCAGUCAUCAUAGAGGAGAUCCAGCGCACCUCAUGUCAACCGAGGGAGGUGUGCAUUGAGGUGACCAAAGAGUACCCACAAUCCACUACUCCGUUCUAUCGGCCGCGCUGUGUGGCGCUGCAUCGCUGCGGUGGAUGCUGCACUAAUGAAGCCUUUUACUGCACCAACACGAGUCAUGCGUUCGUCAACAAGACGCUGAUGGAGAUAUCACCACACAGGAUAGACCCCUCGGUUGUCAUGGUAACCUUCAUCAAUCACACGGCCUGCGAGUGCCGCCACAAGCGUCCGCUGCGCUCCAUCAUCAGACGAGCCGCAACAGAUCACCUGUGUCCCCCUCCCAUGGUCCCCUGUGCUUCAACAUACUUGUGGGACCCAGUGAACUGUAUGUGCCUACCAACAGAAGCCAUUAACUAUUCUGCAAAAGACACAGAGGCUUUGGACUCAGGACUGCUGGCUCUGUGUGGCCCCAACAGGGUUCUGAAAGAGCCUAGCUGCGAGUGCGUCUGUCGAAACGGACUCACUGAAGCCAGCUGCGGUCUGGGCUGGAAACUGGACCACAACACUUGUGAAUGUCAAUGUGAAGGUCGUGGCGAGGGCAAGUGGUGCCCUGUCGGCCAGCGCUGGGACGAGGAUCUGUGCGGUUGCGUGUGCGCCGCCCAGUGUCCCGGGAAUCAACCCCUGAACCCGGACACCUGCCUCUGCCAGUGCAGAGAGAGUUCACAGUCGUGUCUGCGGCAAGGCAAGAGGUUCAACCCCAACACCUGCAGUUGCUACAAGUUACCAUGCAGGAGCCCCAGACGUCCGUGCCUAUCUGGCUUUUACUACAGCCACCAAGUUUGCCAGUGCAUCCCCAACUAUAUGAAGCCCGAAUGGAAUUAG